AUGGCUUCCAAACCAGGCAUUCUUACAGAUUGGCCUUGGAAGUCUCUGGGGAACUUCAAGUUCGUGAUUAUAGCCCCAUGGAUUGCCCAUGGCACAUACACUAGUCUCACAUCGAAUGAACGGGACCCAGUGUACUACCUGGUAUUCCCUUUUAUACUCCUCAGAAUCCUACACAACCAGAUUUGGAUCUCUGUCUCACGCUACAAAACUGCUCAAGGCAAAAACAGGAUUGUUGAUAAAGGCCUUGAAUUCGAACAAGUCGACAGAGAAAGCAAUUGGGAUGACCAGAUCUUGUUCAGUGCACUGGUCAUUUACAUUGGGUACAACAUUUUGGGGGAUUAUUAUAAGUUUCCCUGGUGGAAAACCGAUGGUCUGAUUGUCACAGCUAUCUUGCAUGCUGGGCCAGUGGAAUUCAUUUACUACUGGCUACACAGAGCACUUCAUCACCAUUAUCUCUACUCUCGCUACCAUUCUCACCAUCAUUCUUCAAUUGUCACUGAGCCUAUCACAUCUGUAACUCACCCUUUUAUUGAGUUCUUAGCGUAUUUCACGCUGUUCUCAAUACCAAUAUUGACAACAUUUUUCAUGUGGAAAUCUUCCGUAGCUGCAAUUUAUGGCUACAUCUUCUACAUUGAUUUCAUGAACAACAUGGGCCAUUGCAACUUUGAGUUCUUCCCCAAGAAACUCUUCUCCUUCUUUCCCCAAUUGAAGUAUCUCUCAUACACGCCAUCGUUCCACUCUUUGCAUCACACCAAAUUCAGGUCCAAUUACACACUUUUCAUGCCCCUGUAUGACUACAUUUAUGGUACUGUGGAUACAUCCUCAGAUGAUAGUUAUGAAACCUGUUUGAAAAGACCAAAGGAGGUAGUAGAUGUGGUUCACUUAACACACUUCACUACAAUUGAUUCCAUCUAUCAACUUCGAUUAGGGUUUUCUUCCUUAGCCUCCAACCCUCAAGCAUCUAAAUGGUACCUACGUUUCAUGCGGCCUUUCACGAUGUGUUAUAUGCUCAUUGCUCGCAUCAUUGGACGUGUCUUUGUUUUAGAGAGCAACACUUUCAACGAUCUCAAGUUGCAAUCCUGGGUUAUACCAAGAUUUACAACACAAUACUUUAAGAAGAGGCUGAGCACAACAUUGAAUAACUUGAUUGAAGAGGCAAUAAUGGAGGCUGAGUUAAGUGGUGCAAAGGUCAUAUCCCUAGGACUUCUAAAUCAGAGACAAGAGCUGAAUUCAUGCGGUGAGCUUUACAUUCGAAGGUUCCCACAGCUGAAGAUAAAGGUUGUAGAUGGUAGUAGCUUAGCGGCUGCUACUGUGCUUAACAGCAUCCCCAAAGGGACAAAUCAAGUGCUUCUUCGAGGCAAAUUUAACAAGAUUGCUGUUGCUAUUGCUACUGCUUUAUGUGGUAGAAAUGUACAGGUAGCUGUAUUUUAUAAGGAUGAGCUGAAAGAGCUUCAAGGAAAGGUCACCAAGGCCAAAGGAAGCUUGGUUCUUUCAUCAAUUAAUGCCCCAAAGACCUGGUUAGUCGGAGAUGGAUGGGAUGAAGAUGAACAAAUGAAUGCACCAGAAGGAACAUUGUUCGUACCUUUUUCUCAUUUUCCUCCAAAGAAAACGAGGAAAGAUUGCUUCUACCAUUAUACACCUGCAAUGAUCACUCCUACUACAUUCAUGAACUUGCACUCUUGUGAGAAUUGGCUACCAAGAAGAGCAAUGAGUGCUUGGCGUGUUGCUGGUAUAAUUCAUGCCCUAGAAAGAUGGAAUGUCCAUGAAUGUGGUUCCACCAUACUUAGCAUUAAGCAAGUAUGGGAAGCAAGUAUUCGCCAUGGUUUCCAACCUCUCAAGAUUCAAAGUGAUAAAGCCUCAUUCAUGGGUUCUGAUUACUAAUAUGUGGAUUGCAGUGCUAGAAUGUGUAAUAAUAAGCUAGUAUUCACUAUGGUUUUCAACCUCUAUGAUUCCUCCUAUUGAUGUCAUUUGAGUUUUCAGAAUGUAUUGUAUUUUGAAAUUAAACAGUUAUGGUUUUCUCA